AUUCUGUAUAAUAAUAACUAUACUAUUAUAAUAAUAAAUAAUGUCGCCACAUACAGAAAAUCCAGAAAAGUUAAAAGAAUUAGAUUGGAUUAGUGUACGUACUAAAUUGAAUGAUAAUUAUAAAAUUGAAUCAAUUAAAGAAAAAAUGAUACGUAAAGUAAGAGAAAAUCCGAUAAUACCUCUUGGUAUUUUGGCAACUACAAGUGCUCUCUCUUAUGGUUUAUACUCUUUUUAUAUGGGAAAUACUAAAAUGUCUCAAUUAAUGAUGCGUGCUCGAGUUGGAGCACAAAGUUUCACUCUUUUAGCUAUCAUUGGUAGUUGGAUUAUUAUAGCAAGAAAAAAUAAUUAAUAUGUUAUCAUUUAUUUAUUUACUUAAUUAAAUAGUCAAGUAUUAAUUAUUCCAAUUAAAUUCUAUUGAAUGAUAAAUAUUGUUAUAUAUAUAAUUGUAUAUUCAACUGUAGUUUUUAUUUUAAUUUUUACUUAUAAUCUAAUUUAAUAGAAAAACUUAUAAUAAAUAUGUUUUAUAAAUUAACAUUAA